AUUUGUGCUGCAGGCAGAAUACUAGUGGCGCCUUCACGAAACGAGCGUAGCCUGGGGACCGGUCGGUCCGGAAGAAAAUUACUAUUCGGGAAAAAAAGAAAAAGGUCUCCGCUAAUAUAAUCAUGUAUGUACAGUUUCAUAUUUGGCAAAAACGAUAGAGCCAUAAAGACACCGGUGAUGGAAAGAAGGUCUCUGAAGGAGCAGACUGGGCCGACUUCCGUAUGAUACCGGCGCAUAUUACAGGCAAGCAUCGGACAAGUACUCGCAAAGUGCACUUGAUUUGACACCGCGUACUAUAGAGACUAGUUUUCUUUUCUCUGUUCCCACCUUCAGUGUUUUGUGGAUUUUUGGAAUAGACGUCGUUUUGUGGGACACCCUUUUGGCUUUUUUCAGUCACCCAUACCACCGUUUCAUUUAAAACUGGAUUGGUCAGCAGCUGGCAGCUCCUGCUGCAUCAUUUGAAACCACCCACAAAUGUCCUCCGAGGUGGUGUCUGAAGUGCAGGUGUCUCUGAAGGAACUUCCCAUGGACACCUGGAUGGACCACCUGCCCUGUGCUCUAUGGGACGUUCCCCUGAGGAACCUAGCUAUACCAGGAAGCCAUAAUGCUAUAACCUACUGUCUGGAUAGGAGUGACCGUUCCCCUGUCGACCUGACACAACCGGAUUUACUGCAGAAGCUCGACAAAUACAUGAAGCCCCUGAUACGACCGUUUGUCUAUAAAUGGGCAGUUACACAGGAGGCGACAGUGAAGGAGCAGCUAGACUGUGGGGUCAGAUAUCUUGACCUGAGGAUCGCACAUCGACCCCACGACACCUCCACUGACCUGUACUUCUACCACGGAGUGUACACUACGCUCACUGUAGAGGUAGGAUACUAUGGAGUGAGGAUCGCACAUCGACCCCACGACACCUCCACUGACCUGUACUUCUACCACGGAGUGUACACUACGCUCACUGUAGAGGUAGGAUACUAUGGAGUGAGGAUCGCACAUCGACCCCACGACACCUCCACUGACCUGUACUUCUACCACGGAGUGUACACUACGCUCACUGUAGAGACCGUUCUUCAGGAGAUCAGAUCCUGGCUAGAUGUCCAUACCAGAGAGGUGGUUCUGCUGUCCUUCAGUCACUUCCUGGGUCUGAAUCAGGACCUCCACACCGGACUUGUAUCAACCAUCAGAACCAUCUUCACCUCCAGGCUCUGUCCAACUACGGAAGUGGUGACGCUGAGGAAUCUGUGGACGCUGGGUUACCAGGUGAUUGUCUCCUAUGAGCACAGCAUGGUCAGCCUCUACAGCGACCUUUGGCCUCACAUCCCCUACUGGUGGGCCAACAAGUGUAAAGCCGAGGCUCUGAUCGAGGAGUUCGAACACAGGAAACAACAUGGCCGCCCAGGAGGGUUCUUUGUGACGGGCAUCAACCUGACCGAGGAUCUGAAGUACAUCUGUUCUCACCCCACCGAGUCUCUGAAGGACUUGGUGAUGUCCACGUCCCCUGCCCUGCUCUCCUGGGUCAGGGGCCAGAGCCCUGGCUCCGACUCCCGCUCCCUCAACAUCAUAGCUGGGGACUUUGUCUCAGAGAGCCACUUCGUACCCACCGUCAUCGCACUCAAUCAACAUUUAGUCCGCUGCACUGGUCCCUGCGAUGUUAGCGGAGGAAACUGACCCAUCUGCUGUGUUCCAAAUGACACCAUAUUCCCUCUGUAGCCCAUAGGCCUCUGGUCUGAAGUAGUGUACUAUAUAGGGAAUAGGCCUCUGGUCAAAAGUAGUGCACUAUGUAGGGAAUAGGCCUCUGGUCAAAAGUAGUGCACUAUGUAGGGAAUAGGCCUCUGGUCAAAAGUAGUGCACUAUAUAGGGAAUAGGCCUCUGGUCUAUAGUAGGGCACUAUAUAGGGAAUAGGGUGCCAUUUGGAAUGCAUUAUCUGACACAUCUUAUUGCACAGAAUAUCAUGUUUUAACUACGCUGUAGAAGAGGAUGGGACUGUAGCAGGAUAACAUGAUGAUGUAAUAGAACUUUGCUUGUAAAAAAAAAAAAACUUGGAUUCUGAUAGAACAUAUUUGCACAAUUAUAUAAUUAUAAUUAAUAUAAUAAUAAUUAUAUUGCCGACAGUGAAAUGUUUGCCUGUAUACCAUAUUUCAGGCAAUGUGGCCACAUUUUAAAAUGUUCCUUUGACCUCAGCAAUAAUGCUGUGACUAAUGUCCUGUCUAAAACUUCUGUCAGCGUCUCCGACUAGAACGAGUGCCUACAAUAAUAAAGUCGAGCCUCUUCCACAAAACUACGGCGGUGUCACAAAUGGAACCAGACGCUAAAUAGUGCACUACUUUUCACCAGACCCUUAUGGGCCCUGAUCAAAAGUAGUGCACUAUGUAGGGAAUAGCGUGCCAUUUUGGCAAGCAAACCACGUUACAAAUGGUUAGCACCUACGAUGUAUUUCCAUUAGAUAUCCAGGAUCUGUGGUUAAGGAAUAAGGAAUGCCUGUAUCUCUCUAGUUAUAACGUUAAUGCUGUACCAACUGAAGAACAGAGUCUGUCCCAAAAGGCUCCCUAUUCCCUACGUGGUGCACUUCUUUUGACCAGGGCCCAUAGGGAAUAGGGAGCCUUUUUGGAAUGCACCCCAGAUCAAACCUACACGAACCAUUGCAUGAUAUCAGACGCAUGACCUAUGACCUCCUAUGACUGUGCUACAGCUGUGCUACGACCUUUGACCCUUAACUCUUUCAGAAGCAUGCCUUCAUUACUACUGAAAAGACCUGGGGUCAAGAUGAGCCUUUUGAAUAGAGAAUCAAUCUACAGAAUGUUUUACCUUACAGGUUUCAGAUAUAAUUGACCAAUGUAAAAAAAUAAAAAUAAAAGUGUUUGGUCUGAACAAAGUAUUUUCAGUUCAGAGAUCACGGAGAGGAAUGGAGAAGUCAGCGGUCUGUCAAAGGGAAUAGAUUACAAUGUGUCACUCAUUCCACAGCGGGCCGAGUGUUUUGGCUCCUCUCUUGUCACUGAUUAGUAACUACCCUCACCUGGUUGUCUAUUGCUUUGUUGAAAGGAAAACCCAGCAGCCCUCCAUGGAAUGAGUCUGUUCCCCUCGAUUAGAACAAUACAACCAUAGAAGGCCAUUGACAGGUCAGGUCAUGCAGACCUUUAAACAACGCACUACUAACACUCAAACAAGUCUCUGUGACUAGAAGCACGUCAUACCAAGUCUCUGUGACUAGAGGCACGUCAUACCAAGUCUCUGUGACUAGAGACACGUCAUACCAAGUCUCUGUGACUAGAGGCACGUCAUACCAAGUCUCUGUGACUAGAAG